AUGAAACUUCCUAUUCCAGUAAACAUACUCACCGGAGCGCUGGGCGUGGGGAAGACUACAGCCGUCACCCAGUUACUCAGACAAAAGCCCCCCAACGAGAAGUGGGCGCUUCUUGUGAAUGAGUUUGGUGCUCUGGGCAUUGACGCAGCGCUAGUUGAAGCCGGCAUUGGCGUGAGCGCGGCAGAAGGUCCUACCGGGGCUGCACCCCAGGCCCCCAGCGGUGCCGCCCCCAACCCCCUUUCCACCGCGUCCCUUGGGAUAGUGGUCCGCGAGCUCGCAGGAGGAUGUCUGUGCUGCACCCUAUCGGGGCCUCUGGGGGUGGCCAUCGCCCAGCUGGUGCGCCAGGCCAAGCCGGACCGCCUCAUCAUAGAGCCCAGUGGACUGGGCCACCCUGCAGGGUUGCUGGACACGCUGUACGGCGAGCACUUGCGCUCGGCGCUUGAUGUCAAGGCGGUGAUCUGUCUCGUGGAUGUGCGGGCAGCGGCGGAAGAGGAGCUGGCGGCGGCGGGGGCGGGGCCUCAUCGUCCCCUCCAUGCCGCCCCGGGUUCCACUGGCCCUGACCCACCUCGCGAGGGUCCACACACGGACAUAUCUCGGCAGUUCAGGCAACUUGCAAAUGUGCCCUUCCUUCCGCCCUUCCUUCCGCUGGGGGCAUACCUGAACAUCCGGCUGUCUUUCUCCCACACACACUGCUUUCCUCAGGACCAAGUCAACGUGGCGGAUGUGCUGGUGGGCCAUAAAGCCGACCUGGCCACCCCCGACCAGCUAAGUGCCUUCUGGCGCUGGGCAGAGCAGCUCUACCCACCCAAAGCGCAGAUGCGCCAAACCACAUUGCGCCAAAACAAGAUCAAACCAGCGCUCAGCUCCCUGAGUGGACACCUUGCCCGGCCAAAGCCGCGCCGCGCAGGCACACAAGCACGCACACAACCAUAUUACGCGAGUUCUGGUGAGCAGUCACGGCAACAUCGACUGGGCCCUGUUGGACCAGCCCCGGGCACCUGUGUUCAGCUCCCUUUCCCAGCGGCCUCGGCUGUAGCUCCCUCCGAAACCACGGCCGAAGGUGCAACGUCUUCGGGUAAGUUGAAGGCCGUGGACCCGGCUGAAGGCUACAGCAUCGGAGCCGCCGCCGCCGCCGGCGAAGGUGGUAGUAGCGACAAGGCGUCGGUGGCGCCAGUCCUACAGCUACUGCCGGGCCGGCCGCUACGGUUUCCGUCAAGUCCUUCGGGGGUCCUUCGGCUGGGAGCGCCGCCGCCUUGGCUGCCGUCCCAGCCGCCGGCGCCGGCGCCGCAGCAGGCGCAGCAACAGCUGGUGGAGGGAGUUGAAGACGCGGAGGCAGUUGGUGAUGAAGCGGGGCUUGCGGGGCGGCGGGAGCUGUCCUGCGGCUGGUUGUUCAGCUCGGAAGACGUGUUUGAUCGGAGCCGCCUGGUAGAGGUGCUGGGGGAGCUAUGGGGUUCAGCGGCGCGGCUGAAGGGCAUCUUCAGACGGGAGAGCCGCCUGGAGGUCAUCGUUCGGACAGACGACGGCGGCACCGGCGGCAGCGCCGCCACCGCCACUGAAGCCGCCGCCGACAGCGCAGUUGCAGCUGCCGAAUUGGCGCCGGGCGGCGGCGGCAGCAACUGUAGUGGACGCGGCGGUGGCGAUGCUGGGUCGGGAGGUGAUGUUGCAGCGGUGGUACCGGUAGCGGCGGCGUGCUUGGGCCUGGGGGAAGCACUGAAGGCUACAGACUGGGAUGCUGUGGAGCGCGCCCUCAUGGCCGCGUUGAAGCUGGGUCCUUGA